UCCUCUCUUAUAAAAACAAGAGCAGAACUGGGAUCCCAGGGAAUCAGAGAGCACAGUGCCAGGAGUCCCCAGACCAGCUUCACCUUCCACUGGGAAAAUGAAGGUCUUCGCAGCUGCCUUCCCCUUCCUCAUUGUUGCUACUGCCUUUGGAGCCCAGGUCCAGGCCCUUCAUGAACCCAUGGUGGCAAUACGUCCUCAUGAAACCUCGAUACAUCUGCAAGGCCUUCACCAUCCCUCUGACUGCUGCACCCAAUACACUCCACGGAAAAUCCGAUGUGGAUUCAUGAAAGAUUACUAUGAAACAAGCAGCGGGUGCUCCCAGCCAGCUGUCAUCUUCCUCACCAAGAAGGGGCAGCGUGUCUGUGCCAACCCCUUUGAUUUGGGAGUUCAGAAUUGCGUGAGGUCCCUGAAGUCGAACUAAUGAUACAGACCUGAGAAAAAGGAAGCUUGCUUGAGGAGAAGGGAUACUAGGUGCCAGCCACCCCUAUUUCCACUUCUCCUGUCCCAACUACCUCCUGGGAUUUUCUUGGCCUAUUUUUUUAAAAAGCAACAAUUACUGUUCUUUCUGCUCUGGUUAUAAAAAGCAAUGCAUUAAUAAAGAGUAUCCAAUGUAGCUUUCCUUGAACUUUAAGAGGAAAAACAAACUAUAGGAAUUGCU